GGACACAUUUCUGCAGUAGACUCAUCUAGGAGUAAAGCUGAAGUUUUAAAAGAAUUUGUUGAACUAUCCAGUAAUGGGCAAAGAAUGUUUCCUACUAUGUGCUAUGACUAUGGCACAUGCAGGUUAGCUUGAUGGAAUUAAUUGGUUGGCCCUCACAUUUUUGUACCAAUUUUCAGGAUUGACAAGCCCUGGCCAGUGAUCUGUUUCCACAAUGCUUCAAAGUGCUUCCAGCACAAUCCAUGAACCAUGUCUGCAAAUGAAAAUGGAUCUUCGUAUUGUCCUUGCCCUGGUCUGUGGCUCAUCUACAGCUUUCUUGGCAUUGAGAUGGAUGAGACAGAAAAGGAUCAGAAAGCAGAUUCAAGAGGCAAGAAGGAAGAGAGACCAUGGUUUGGAGCAAAUGGGAAAAGCUGUCAAGGAGUUUAAACAGCAGAAUCUUGGAAUACAAACCACAUAUAUCCUUUCUCUGCCUUUGGCAAAGCUGGCUGAGAAGCUAAAGCAAGGGUCUUUGUCUCCAGAAAGUGUCCUUUACAGCUAUAUGGAGAAGGCUUUAACAGUUACCCAGGAGGUGAACUGUGUGCGCAAUUUUAUUCCAGAAUGUGAGCAACAUCUCCAGGAAAUGAAAGAGCAGCCACAAAAGGGCUUACUGUAUGGCAUCCCUGUCAGUAUCAAGGACCACAUUGGAUACAAGGGCCACUUAUCAACAUGUGGCUUUGCUCAGUCCCUCAAUGUUCUUCAAGAAGAGGACAGUGUGUUGGUCAAGGUGUUAAAGAGGCAAGGAGCAAAUCCAUUUGUAUUCACCAAUGUUUCACAAUCCUUAUUCAAUUAUGACUGCAGCAACUCAGUUUUUGGCCAGACAGUGAAUCCUCUUGAUCAUAAAAGAACCCCUGGUGGUUCAUCUGGAGGUGAAGGUGCUCUAAUUGCCGGAGGUGGGUCUAUCUUGGGAUUUGGAUCAGACAUAGGUGGAAGUGUCCGUCUGCCCUCCAGCUUCUGUGGUAUUUGUGGUCUAAAGCCAACAGGAGGUAGGCUGAGCAAUUCAGGAGUGAGGGGCCCUAUUGAUGGAAUACUCUCAGUUAUAGGAACAGUGGGACCAAUGGCAAGGGAUGUGGAUAGUCUGGUACUCUGCAUGAAAGCUCUCUUAUGUGAAGACCUCUUCCAACUUGACCCCAUGGUGCCACCCAUGCCAUUCAACCAAGAGGUAUAUUCUAGCUCUACACCACUUCGGAUUGGGUAUUUUGAUACUGAUGGCUAUUUCUUGCUCCCACCCUGUAUGAGGAGGGCUGUCCAUACAACCAGAAAGCUUCUCCAAGAAGCUGGUCAUACGCUAGUUCCAUUCACCCCACUAGUGGAUAUCGUGGGUGAACUUUUUUGGAAAGGUGUUCUUGCAGGUGGAUGUUCAACUUUGUUGGCCAUGUUUGAAAAAGACAUAGUGGACCCAAGUUUGAAAUCACAGGUGAAUUUCUUUAGAAUUCCAAAUUUAGCCAAGAAAAUUUUGGCCAAGAUCAUCAAGCCCUGGUUUCCACGACUGGCCAGCCACUUGAAUGCAUUGUGUGGAAUUCGGGCUGUGAACAAUCUAUGGGAGCACCAUGACCAAGUGAUGGCUUAUCGUCAGAGGUUUGCUGAUAAGUGGAAGAAAUGCAACCUUGAUGUUGUCCUCUGUCCAGUCCUGGGCCCAGCUUUCAUUCUUGGAUAUCCUGCCAAACUACCAACUGCCAUCUCAUCUACUAUGCUGUUCAAUGUUUUGAACUUCCCUGCGGGCGUUGUGCCAGUUACCACUGUGACAGAAGCUGAUGAAGAAGAGAUGAGGGAGUAUCAAGGACUUUAUGGUGACCCUUGGAAUAAGAAGCUGAAAGAGUGCCCUCAAGAUGGAAGAAAUACACAGAAAUAUACACAUGCAUAUAGACAGCAUCCCUCUUGCCUCCAGAGAAAGGGCUGUGAAAGGUACCAUGGGGCUUCCUGUGGCAGUCCAGUGUGUGGCUUUACCAUGGCAGGAAGAACUGUGUCUUCGAUUCAUGAAAGAGGUAGAAACAUUGUCCUGGGAAUGGAAACAGAAGAAAGCUACCUGAUCUGACCAGAGAAAGACAUCGGCAUUUCCCUAUAAGGAGGUGGUUUAUGAAGAGAAGAAGAAAUGUCAAUCAGCCAUGCUUCCAGAUGAAACAAACACAUUUUAUUAAAGAAUUCCCUUUGUCCUAUUGUAAAAAAGGUCUGGAAUUCCCCCUUUGCUGGAACCAUCACUUUCAGUAACCAGGGAAGGAAGCUUUGUUACAGAACUUCAUAUAAGCAUCCCAGCAUGAGUGCUGCUUUUGGAUUCAGGUGCAGUUCAUUACAAAUAAGAAUGUCAUCUGUAAUAUAUUAUUUUAAAGUGUAAGUGCAUAAUGCCCCUCUAAUAAUAAUGAUAAUAAUAAUAAUGACUAGUAACAUGAUUUCUUUUUCAAUGCCGCUAGUCUUAAAUAUUGCUUUGAUGUUGUUCCUUUUGAGUGAUUUCUGACUAUUUUUUGUAUUUUUACAUGCAUGCAAACUUCAGUUUAUUUUUUAAGUCAUAAAAACAUACAAACAAUAAGAGAAACCAAUGAGGUACUUAAACCAUCAUUCCAAAUUCUGUUUUCUCAAGCCCUGGUUACAUGUCUACUCUGACGUGUUUGCAUUCACUUUGGCCAAAGAUGAGAGCAGGCUCCUGCUGGCUGCCUCUUUUCCCUCUACUGCAUCUCUGUUGCCUUUUACAAUUGACCUUUCCUGUAUUGGACAUGAAAGACUUGUAAUGUUAGCCUCAGAUCUCCCUAUGUAGGUUCCCUGCAUGACAUAAAACCCUGAUUGCUCAGGGCAGGUGUAGGGAAUCCAUUCCCUUGAAGAGGUAGUUUUGUUUUUUUAAACACUUUCAUGAACUCCAUUCCUGAACUUUAAAGGGUUAAAAAACCUCUCCAUCAUCCAUUUCAUGUUGUGCAACUGCAACUCUCAUCAGCCAUCUUUAUUGUCAUAGAAAGUACUGAAGAUGGUGGGAAAUGCAGUCUAACAACUGGAAGAUUACAUGAUCCCUAUGCCUGGUUUCAGGAUCUAAAUCAUUUAGAGAAUGGGAGAUGGAUGAGUAGAACUGGCUCCCCACCCACCACCGAUCUUUCUCCAUCCAAUGCAGGGCAGGUAAAGGGUAGAUAGCAAAAUGGAGAUAGAAAACAGGAUCUCAUUCUCUACUCUAAGGUUGCAAAAAUAUGCAGAGAAGAAUGGGAUUUGGGAUGUAAUUCCUUGCUUGCCUUAUUCUUGUAUGUGAGAAUGCACUGGUUUGGUCUUAACCAAAACCAUGAAUUUAUCAUUUUACAGAUAAAUCAUACAGCAUUACCAUUUUAGAUCUGGACAGAAAAGUUACAUUUUUUUCUAAAUCAUGUACUGCUCCCAGAGUAAAUGUGGUAACUUUAAUGAAAUUCACCUGUACAAGAUAACUAUUACUCUAAACUGACUCUAAUGCUAAAGCAGGGAGUCUAAAUUAUACUACUUAGUAAUACCUACUUCUGGAUAAUAAAAAGAGUUACUUACUAAAUUGGAAACAACUUAAUG